GGUGAAGGGAAACAUUCGUUGCUUCUCGCCCUUCGGUAGUUUCGUUAGUGCAUCGCUGACCGGGAGAGUGGAUGGGUGAAUCUCUGCCAAAGCUGUAUAAGUACUCACUCCCUGGAGCGUCGUAUACUAAAUUUAGUAGUGUGAGUUGACUUUGAAAAUCAUCUUUUUCGUAUAUAUUCCAUUCAGAACAAAAGAGCUCAGUCAAGUGUUAAAAAAAAAAGAAAAUGAAAUUUUGAUUGCUUAGAUAACCGGGAGACUGAAAGUGAGUAUGAUGUGAUGCCUAGAAAAAAGAAAGAAGCGCUUUGCAGAACAGCGAAGAUUCCUCAGUGAUUGUGAAUUAUACAGAAAAUAACAGCGAAGUUGAAACCGAACUCGAGUGAAGUGUUGAUAUCAAGAUGUGAUGAUGACCCGCGAUGUUGUCGCGCGUAAUAAAGAUGUGCUAAUAUGACGCCUCCGUCAUUCCGCGUGAAUUCGUUGAGCUGAUGGACAUCCUACCGAGUGCCAUGUGGUGGAAGGAUACGAUGGCACUGGCAGUGGGAGCCACAUUGCCCACACGGCGGUCUGUGCUGUCAUCGCUGUGGCUCUUCCUACUCCUUAAUUUGCUUGAUCAAGCUCCUCUGGCGCAAUCUCAAGGGGAACAAUGCGGACGUCCAGGAAGGCCUGUUAAUGGCACUGUCUCCGCGUCAGGUCGAUUCUACUUCCCCGGAGAACGAGUGGCCUACAAAUGUCUGGAAGGGUUCGUUCUCUUCGGAGCGGACGAGAGGACUUGCCAAAAGAACGGAACCUGGAGCGAUGAGGUCCCACUGUGUGAUUUCAACUUGGCCCGAGGAAAGAGGAGCCUGCAGAGUGCCACCCUGUGGUCUUAUGCCCCGGAAAUGGCGGUCGACGGCAACCCCGACACCUGCUCUUUCACGCCUCGGGGACCUGACCCUAGGUGGUGGCAGGUACACCUGGGACACAAAUUCAACGUCAUGAGUGUUGGUGUUACGAUUAGUCCAGGCUCCUUCCAAGAAUUUACGAUAUAUGUGAUUGAGUUACUGACGGACAAUAAAGCUCUUUAUAAGCCCUGCACAACUUUCAAAGGUGUUUUCCAGACCCACAAGGCUUUGUUCAAAUGCAACGGUGGCCUUGGACAUCCUGGACAAUUUGUUUACAUCCGAGACGAUCGUAAGGAGCAGGAAUACUUUGGUCUGUGUGAGGUAGAAGUUUUUGCCUUCAGAGAACGGAUACCUUGUGGAGAACCCGAAGUACCUGUCGAGGGUGAAGCCGAGAGACAGGGCGAGAACAAAGCCUUGUACUCCUGCAGAACGGGUUUCAGGCUCGAGGGUGACCAAAUUCUUACGUGUUCUUCUAAGGGCAAGUGGGAAGGGCAGACGCCGAGAUGUACUGAGGCUCAGUGUCCACCACCCGAUCAUAUAACCCACGGCUUUAUUGAAGUAGACAAUCAUCGUGGUGUAUAUGGAUAUGGCACAGUGGCCACGUACAGCUGUAACCCUGGGUAUUACCUUAAAGGAAACAGUACGCGCGCUUGUGAUCACACGGGACGCUGGACUAAUGAAUCGCCAUUCUGUCAAGCUGUAACGUGCGGCCCUCCGCCCAUCUUCCCUCAUGCGCGGCAUACACUCCUCAAUGGCUCCACCCACUGGAAUGGAAUUGCUGUGUACACCUGCAAUGAUGGUUACAGGCUACAUAGUGAUACAGGAGAUACUGUGACCAGCUGUAUGGACAUUGGUACGUGGCAGGUUAUAAAUGUUACAUGUAUACCAAUUGAGUCUUCAGUACCUUCUUCAGGAGCCCGAAGAGGUGAUGGAAGGUCUUUGAAUUUUGAUUUGGAAGCUGUUCCCUCUUCUGAACCAGAAGGAACGCAAGGACUCGUUGUGGCCCUUGCUGUAGUAGCUGGUCUUCUCACUGCUGCAAUGUUAGUGGUAGGAGCCUUGUUAGCCAGAAGGCAUAUUCUUUCUGGUCCUGGGUCUUUGAGGUCUUUAAUCAGAUCAACACCUACCAAAGAAGCCACUUUAUAUGGCGCCAUGAUUGGUCCACAUCCAGAUGUUACAACUGUAGGCAAUACUGCUUUACCUGGUAACCGUGGUAACAAUGGGAUACUUCCUGAAGACGGCCAGCGCUCCUCUAUGUAUCAACAAAAUUUGUUGGCUCAGUUACCCAUGAGGCCAGCACCAGAUCAACAGAGCAUUAGCAGUAGCCAUAUAACUUCACUCACUGGGUCUGAGCUUGACGAUGACCCCAAUUAUGCCCAAAUACCUGGGCAUGACCCUCCAUACGAACGAGUUCGCUGUAGAUCAGAACAUAGUUAUGAAACCCUACGUAAGAAGAGUCUUGUACUGGAUCUGGAGAGUGAGGCAGGAAGUGUGAAAAAUUUAAGUGAUAAAGAUAGUGUUGGAUAUGAAUCUGUAAAAGACGAAAAAAAUAAAGAAUCGGGGUAUGAAAUAGUAAAAGAAAGGAAUCAUGAAUAUGAAACUGUAAAAGACAAAGAUGUGGGUUAUGAAACUGUAAAAGAUAAGGAUGCUGGAUAUGAAACUGUGAAAGACUCAACAGAUCACGGUUACGAGACAGUGCGAGAACCUGUGAGACAUCAUGGCUACGAAACCCUGAAACCUCGCCCACCGCCUCCAAGAUCAGAAUCAGCAGAAAUUACAGUAACUUCAGUCGAGGAAGCUGUACCUGAUAUUUUGCAAAACCUAUCGACCAGGGAAUCUCCAACGCCAGAAGUCCCUCCAGAGGUUUUGGCACUGUAUGCUCGAGUUGACAAGACUAAAAAACGCCGUCAUGAUAAUGAAGACGAUGCUGCAACACCUCGUAGCAACGAAGAGAAUUCGUCGGGUGCCGCAACAGCACCAUCACCCCCACCACCACCGCCCCCACCUCUGUCUCCUGUUAAUCCCCCCAUCGGUAGUAGCGGUUGUUCCAUAAAUCUCUCUGAUGCUGCCACAGAAGUGAAUGAUGGGCAAGGUGGUGCGCAUGUUGCUCGUGACGUCAUCCGCAGAUUCAAUAAACUGAACAGUGAUGAUGAAGUUCCUUGCCCCCGUAGCAGACAAGGUAGCAUCACGAGUGAAACUGGCACUCUACGUCCACUUCCUCCAUUACCAAGAGAGAGUAAUUCAUCCUCACCGCCCCCUCCUCCAUAAACAUUUUAGAUAUUUGUUUUGCACGGCUUUGAAAAUACCUUGAUCUUCCUCAGUCUGCAAUUACCCUUAUUUAAUUUUUAUUUGCUUCUCUGUUCUUUGGAUACCUAAGUGCCUGUCCUGAUGUACUAGUGUGGAAAAAUCAUCAGCUAGUUGCAUAUGACAAUUUGUGUAAAUGAAAAAACUUUUUCUGUAUGAUACUGUAUAUAGAAAUAAUCUGAAUGUGUUGUAUAAUUGGUUUUAUUUUAAGUAUUCAGUGUGAUUGAUAUCACUGUCCUUAUUCAGUAUGACUGAUUUUAUCUUCUGUUACGUAGAGAAAAUCUGUACAUGGCUUUUAUUUUCAACAGUAUACAAUAGCAAACGGUGCAAUGUGGAAAAAUGGAACUCGUGUUUGGAGAUACAUGAUACUUAAAAGAUUUGAGUGUAUGUUAAAGAAUUCAAUUUUCUUGGUCAUAAAACUUUUCUCUCAUAGAACAUUGCAAGUCAUUUUCAUUUUCUAGAUUUUUGUGGUUAAUGCCUUGGAAGUCAGAUUUUGUUUGUCCUUAACUUAAACAGUGGCCAUGACAAUCUCCCAUUAUUGAAGCAUCAUGUUUAAGGUAGGAAGAUAGCCACUAUCCAGUGAUAAUGAGUCCUUAUUAGAAGAAGUUUUGGCUCAGCGACUAAUUACAGACUUUAAGUCAAUCUGAAAAAAAAAAAAUUUCUACCACUUUGCAUCCACUAAAACCAUGUUUUUAGGACUUCCCAAGAAAAAUAAGAAUUACAGCAAAACAGUAGUAAGAGCAAUACUUGUGUACUACUGUAUCUUGAAUCCAUACUUCUUAUCAAUAAAUUUUUGGGAUGUCAGAAUAUGCACAUGACAUUAAGAAAGAUAUAUAUAUAUAUAUAUA